UGCGCGGGGCUGCUAGUGUUUGCAGAGAUAAGCAGCGGCUGGGUACACAGACGCCACUUAGCUGCGCAAACAGCCGCACCUCGGGACAGAGAUCGGAGGAAGCCCAGGCCUGGCGGCAGCAAAGAACUUAGUCAUAUACACUUAACUAACUGCAAAGGAGAUUUGGGACUGUGAUUAUUUUAUCCUGGAUGAUUAGGUGCCAACUACUUCAUCUGACUAAUCAAGAAGAUGGUGGUGGCACGCAUGCCGUGGGCUGCCUUGGCCACAGUGCUGCUGGUCCUGCUAGCUUGCCUGGGGGCACUGGCAGACGCCUACCCCGCCAAACCCCAGGCCCCGGGUGAGGACGCCUCUCCUGAGGAGCUGAGCCGCUACUACACCUCACUGCGCAAGUACCUGAACCUGGUCACCCGGCAGCGGUAUGGGAAACGAGACAGCCCUGAAGAGUUCCUGUCCAGACUGCUCUUCCUCGAUGCCACCGAGGACCGCCCUGACAAGCCGGUCAAAUCGUGGCCCCAAGGCACCUACAUGUGGUGACGACCCCAACUCGUCUGUGAGGCCUGCCAACACUGCCGUUGGCUGCAUGUGUGCCAGGACCCUGGCUGCCUCUCCCUGUGUGCAUUCUGUGGGUGGUGGUGUGGUGGGCAUCGGGGUAGGGCCCUCUUUCCAAACUGCCUCCACUCACUAGGUUGGAGGACUGUGCUUGGCCCUUCCCUGGCCCCCCCAAAUAAAGAGCAAAUUUCACUGAA